AUGGCUCUCUCAGUCAACGGACGGACGGCUAUCGUCACUGGAGCUGGCUCUGGAAUCAACUUUGCCUUUGCGAAACUGUUAGUGGAUAAUGGGUGCAAUGUUUUGAUCGCAGACUUGGCCCUGCGCCCCGAGGCUAAGGUGCUUGUCGACAAGCACUCGACUGGUGCUGCCCGGGUAGUAUUCCAAGAGACCGAUGUCAGAGACUGGCUGCAACUGGAACGAAUGUUUGAAGUUGCAGAGGGAGAGUUCGGCGAGAUCGACAUCGUUUGCCCGGGUGCCGGAGUCUACGAACCGGUAGCCAGCAAAGAUUCCCCCGAUGGAGGUCGGUAUGCGCUGGUGGACAUCAACGUCACACACCCCAUUCGCACGACACAACUAGCCAUUGCGCAUUUCCUGCGUCAUAAGGAAAACGGUCGUCCGAAACACAUUGUUCACAUUUCCAGCAUUGCGGGACAGAACGCGACAUUCGCGGCGCCUAUCUACGUCGCGACGAAGCACGCCAUCAAUGGCUUGGUUCGGUCACUGGCCAAGCUUGAGACACUUGGCAUUCGAGUAACAGCCGUGGCUCCGGGUGUCAUCAAGACUCCGCUCUGGACUGAUCAUCCGGAGAAGUUGAAAAUGGUAGACGACAGUGUCGACGAGUGGGUGACGCCGGAAGAAGUAGCUACUGUGAUGUUGGCACUUGUGCAGCAAGACGUGGUGGGUGAGACUAUUGGAGACAGGUCUGGUCGGGGUCCACAAUUCCCAGUGAGCGGGGGCACAAUUCUGGAGGUAUCUAAGACCGUGCGGGCAGUUGGCCAGUUCGAUGAUCCAGGCCCAGGGGACCGGCCCGGUAACACUGCCACCGACCAUGCAGCUGUGGAGGAGGAGAGUUUCGGUUUGUUGGCAACAAAGGGAUGGGGACAGUCCAAGCUGUAA